GAUGACUUGUUGAAGACGAAUCAUCAAUUCUUCCCUCUUUCUUCAAAUUCAAUCUUCCUCUCCAGCCCUAGCUCUCUCUCUCUCUCUCUGUCAACGAAUUACCAUGACGAAGCAGCAAGCCAACUGGUCUCCUUAUGACAACAAUGGCGGAACGUGUGUGGCAGUAGCAGGAGCAGAUUACUGUGUAAUUGCAGCAGAUACUCGCAUGUCCACCGGCUACAACAUUCUUACUCGCGAUUACUCCAAGAUCAUUAAACUAGCGGAUAAAUGUGUGCUGGCGUCUUCAGGAUUUCAAGCUGACGUGAGAGCUUUGCAAAAGGUUUUGGCAGCAAGGCAUCUGAUCUACCAGCACCAGCACAAUAAGCAGGUGAGCUGCCCAGCUAUGGGCCAGCUGCUUUCAAACACGCUAUACUACAAACGUUUCUUCCCAUACUAUUCUUUCAAUGUUCUAGGUGGCCUUGACAAUGAAGGAAAGGGAUGUGUCUUCACAUAUGAUGCUGUUGGAUCAUAUGAGAGGGUUGGCUACAGCUCUCAAGGUUCUGGUUCAACUCUGAUCAUGCCUUUCCUGGACAACCAACUGAAGUCUCCCAGCCCUCUCCUGCUGCCUGCCAAGGAUGCUGUUACUCCACUUUCUGAAUCAGAAGCCAUUGAUUUAGUUAAGACAUGUUUCGCUUCAGCAACAGAAAGGGAUAUAUACACUGGUGACAGGCUGGAGAUAGUCGUACUAAAUGCUGAUGGCAUUCGUAGGGAAGAAAUGGAUCUGAGGAAAGAUUAAUUUCUUGUGUCUUGUUCCUGAAUUUCUUGUUUCAUUUAGCUUGUAAGGCAAGAUCGCGUGUAGACAGUUAACUCCACCAGAUAUUUCUGUAGAUCAUUGCCUAUCAGUUGUUAAUUUUUGAUCAUCAAGGAUUGUAAUGAACUGAAUUUCGUAUUACAAAAUAUUUUGCUAAAUUAUAAAAAGACUGGCAGUUUAAACUAGUAA